AUGACAGAGCUGGAAGGUGACAAAGCUAAAGGGAAUGUGGCCCAGACCUUGGAGAGAGUCGUGAUUAUUAGCCCCAGAGAUUCGAAGCCGGGCAGGGUGCCCAUUUCCAAAGCAGAGACCCGUCACUGGACCGGAAGCAAGUUUUCCAGACGAGAGCGUUUCUUCCAGGUUCCCUCUCUUCCGGCCCAGGGCCCUGGACCCUGCACCCAGAGCUCUGCCCCGGGCACAGCCCCGCAUUUCCGGAGCCUGCGCCCGGGGACCCAGCAGGGGCUGGUCCCUGGGGAAGGCCUAGUUUCCUCUUCCUUCCUGUCCGUGCCUCACCUCCGCCGGCCCCUGCGGCCGCCGGGAGCCGAGCACGGGGGCAGGCAGAGGGCACCCACCUGGUCGUUGUCACAUGCUGCCUCGGCCCGAGAGUCCCCUCCAGGUCCCGGGCGCCGCCGCAGUCCCCCGCGCAGGCCCGGCCGCCCCAGCCGCGGCCCGCCCGAGCCGCCCGGACGGAGGGAGGGACCGGGCUCUCCCAAGGAAGUUUCAGGUCUUCAUCGGCGGGGACGGAGCCACGCUGAUCCUCUGCCUUCUGUUUGCACCUUUGGGUUUGCCCGACUGGACCCGCACCUGAGAUUGUUUGUCCGUCUGUGCCUUUGUCUUGGGCAUCGGUGUUGGCUUCUCUUCCUGUCUGUCUACCUGUGUCUCCCCCAAAGGGUACCCGGCAUCGCCUGCGCUCUCAGGGCCUGGCAGUGUGCAUCUCCGAAGCAACAUGCCCACGUCCCCUCCCCCCCACCUCCCCAGCAUCCGUUUGCUUCUGUAUUCCUAGAAUGAUCGCACCAAGGAUCUUCCACAAAUUGUGAAAACUCCGUGCAAGAAUGUAAAGUUUUGCUCGCACCAACAUAAAGUUUUCAUUUGGUUUUCUGGGAACUUUUGAAGCCCUCACCCGAGCCCCCUGCCAUACCUGUCGGGGUAUGUGUGUU